AUGGAGGAUGAAACCAACCUCUCUUCUUCUGGCGAGGACUCUGCCCCAGAGACCGUCACCAACCAUGUCGGAUCUGGCCUGACCAACGGGCCCCAGACUGCCAACAACCCGUUUCGCUCUGGCUGGGGCAAUGCCUUCCAGACCAACAACCCUUUCGGCUCUGGCGUGGGUAAUGUCCCCCAGACAACCAACAACCCGUUCCGCUCUGGUAUGAGCAAUGGCCCCCAGACCACCAACAACCCGUUCCGUUCUGGCGUGGCUAAUGGCCCCCAAACUAUGAACCCUUUCCGCUCUGUCUGGGGCCAUCCCUCCCAAAGCAACAAUCCUUUUUCUUCUGGAGUGGGCAGUAUCCCCCAGAACAUCUACAACCCUUUCCGUCGCGCCCCCAUUGAGGACGGCCCCUUGACCUCCAAUGGAGGAUUCACCAAUGGUCACUCCCACGGAAACGAAUGGCGCGCUCCCCACCCCACUGACUUCAACCCUCUCUACCGCGCACCCGAUGACGAGACUGACGAGACUGACGAGGAGGCUGAAGUCAAACCGGCCACUAUUUCACUCCCCAACCACGAGGGGGUGGACCACCUCUCCGAUGAGGAUGAGGGACGGGAAGCUGCCCCGUAUGUCAACGGCGAGGCCCUCGAGGCCAGCCUCGACGCCAUCUUGGCGGAGGGCAAUGGCGCUAAUGACUCCAGCGACGGCGACGAGGACGCCUACCUGGACGAGGCGUAG